GCACCGAGCUCGCAGUGUGGACCGCGCUUCCCAGCGCCCGCACGCGGCUGUCCGUGUCCACCGUGCCCACCGUGCCCAUCCCGCCAUGGCCGCGGCCGCCCUCCUGUCCCGGCCCCGGCCCGGGCCACUGCCCCUGCUCCUGCUGCCGCCGCUGCUGCUACUGCUGUUGCUGCCGCCGCGCGCGGGCCGGGUGCGCGCUGACAGUAAGGUGUUUGGUGACAUGGACCAGGUGCGUAUGACCUCGGAGGGCUCCGACUGCCGCUGCAAGUGCAUCAUGAGGCCGCUGAGCAAGGACGCGUGCCGCCGAGUGCGCAGCGGGCAGUCGCGGGUGGAGGACUACUAUACCGUGGAGACCGUGAGCUCGGGGACCGACUGCCGCUGCUCCUGCACGGCGCCGCCCUCCUCGCUCAACCCCUGCGAGAACGAGUGGAAGAUGGAGAAGCUCAAGAAGCAGGCCCCAGAGCUCCUCAAGCUCCAGUCCAUGGUGGACCUCCUGGAGGGCACCUUGUACAGCAUGGACCUGAUGAAAGUGCACGCCUAUGUCCACAAGGUGGCCUCCCAGAUGAACACGCUGGAAGAGAGCGUCAAGGUGAACCUGAGCCGGGAGAACGAGGUAGUGAAGGAGAGCAUGCGUCACCUCAGCGAGCAGCUGAGCCGCUAUGAGAAUCACUCUGCCAUCAUGAUGGGCAUCAAGAAGGAACUGUCCAGCCUGGGCCUCCAACUGCUGCAGAAGGACGCAGCCCCGGUCUCGGCCACUGACCCCGCACUCGGCCCUGCUAGCAAGGCUCAGGACACAGCUGGAGGGAAAGGAAAAGAAAACAACAAAUACGGCAACAUUCAGAAGGCCCUGGCAGACAGGGGCCUCACAAAACCUCCUAAGGAGAAGCUGCUGAAGGUGGAGAAGCUGAGGAAGGAGGGCGGCAAGGGCAGACCCCCCCAGCCCACAGCCAAGCCCCGGACCCUGGCCCAGCAGCAGGCUGUGAUUCGAGGCAUUACCUACUAUAAGGCGGGCAGGAAGGAGGCAACCGAGGCCAUGGCCGACAACGCCCUCAAGAGUGCCUCCUGGCUAGAAGACAUGCCGCCCGGGGUGGAGGGCAGGCCGCCGGAGCCCGACUCCGCAGAGCGUGAUGAGGCUGAGCCCAGGGCCUCAGAGGGAGCAGACUUGGCCUCCGGCACUCUCAGUUCCGAACCUGCCACCACCCCUACCCCAACUCCCACCAUCCGGCCCCAGCCCACCGAGCCACCUUCACACGCAGAUGUCCCAAGCCAAGGCAGAGAGGUGAGCUGUGAGGGCACCCUGCGGGCUGUGGAUCCCCCCGUGAGGCACAACAGCUACGGGCGCCACGAGGGAGCCUGGAUGAAGGAUCCCGCUGCGAAAGAUGACAGGAUCUAUGUCACCAACUACUACUACGGGAACAGCUUGGUGGAGUUCCGCAAUCUGGAAAACUUCAAGCAAGGCCGCUGGAGUAACGUGUACAAGCUGCCCUACAACUGGAUCGGCACGGGCCACGUGGUGUACCAGGGCGCCUUCUACUACAACCGGGCCUUCACCAAGAACAUCAUCAAGUACGACCUGCGGCAACGCUUCGUGGCCUCCUGGGCACUACUGCCCGACGUGGUCUACGAGGACACGACGCCCUGGAAGUGGCGCGGCCACUCGGACAUCGACUUCGCCGUGGACGAGAGCGGCCUGUGGGUCAUCUACCCCGCCGCGGAUGACCACGACGAGGCCCAGCCCGAGGUGAUCGUGCUGAGCCGCCUGGACCCCGGCGACCUGUCCACGCACCGGGAGACCACGUGGAGGACGCGGCUGCGGCGGAACUCCUACGGGAACUGCUUCCUGGUCUGCGGCAUCCUGUACGCCGUGGACACCUACAACCGGAAGGAAGGCCAGGUGGCCUACGCCUUCGACACGCAUACGGGCACCGAUGCCCAGCCGCAGCUGCCCUUCCUCAACGAGCACGCCUUCACCACCCAGAUCGACUACAACCCCAAGGAGCGCGUGCUGUACGCCUGGGACAACGGCCACCAGCUCACCUACACCCUCCACUUCGUGGUCUGAGCCGGGACCUGUGCUCACAGGAGAGGCGUGGCCGUGGCUGUGGGCGUGGCCAUGGCCGUGGCUCCCCCACAGCAGCUCCUGCAGGGGGUUCCGCCAACAAAUAUUUAUCGCGGUCCAGGCCCAAGGCAGGUGCUGGGCACGUGGGGCAGCCAGGAUAAAGCUUCCUUGGCACCGGGUGGGUUAAUAAUCCCUUCCCCUUGCAGAGCACUAUGCCAAGAGCUUCACAUGCGCAAACCCAUUCAUUCCUCCCAGUAGCACCCUCAGAGGUAGGCAUAAUUAAGCCCGUUUCACAGAUGAGGACACUGAGGCACAGAGACCAUGUCCCUUGCCUAAAUAGCCUCAGCUUGGAUCAGGCAGGCCAAACCGUCCCAACAGUCCUAUGUGACAGAGGAGGAGACCUGACCAUGCUCCCCUACACCUCCAGGCCUCUCCCUACCCCUCUAGUUUCUCUUGUUCUCUCAAUUCUGUCUCCCUUCCCCGGGACCAUUCAAAAGCAGAGGCUUCAGGGACCUCCACAUGAGUGUUGUUGGAGGCCCCCGAGCGGUGUACCACCCCACGCCCCCGUUCUGGGUGAAUUGCUGGUGGCCCCGGGCUUCAGGUCCCUUGGCUAAUGUCCCUGCUCCUUGCCUUUGGCCACCCCCCACCCCACCUCACCCUCGGUCCAACCACAUUCCAAACCUCCAUGGUCACCCAGCCACUGAGCAGAAACCGCACCCCGAGGAAAAAUACCGGCCCCUGUUCCAAGUUCCCCUCCCUCUGUAUUCAUGUUUAUUUUCUCUUAUUCCUCCUCAGUGCUGUCAUUUGUUUCUGCAGUAGCAGCUGAGAAGGCCGCAAGCAGCUGCCUGCCAGCCCUGACUCUACCAGGGUGGGAGGCUGGGCCAGGCCCCGGGGCUCCCUCUCCACCCAGAACGCCGGCUUUGGCCACACACCCGGGCCACAGGACCUCUCCUCAGCUCCCGGAGCCCUGGGGCUUGGGGUCCAUGUUGUCCUUUCCUUCUGGACCUUUGAACCCACAACCUAGAUGUACUCAGGGAUACCUCCAGGUCUGCCAUGAGCGAGACCCUAGACCCAGGGUUGGGGUGGUGCCAGGA